CUUGAAUAAAGCAUACUCUGACAGAUACAGUGGUACGGUGGGACUUCACACAGAACAGAUUGUAACAGCAAAGAAGAUCGAAGUUUGAGAAUGGCAGCCGCUGAAGCACACAGAAUAAUUAUUUAUGGAGGAAAAGGCGCUUUAGGGUCCAAAUGUGUAGAGUACUUUAAGUCUAAAAGCUGGUGGGUGGCUUGCAUUGACAUGGUCGCCAAUGAACAAGCAAAUGUUAACGUGCUUGUUAAAAUGUCGGAAGCAUUCACCGAACAAGCGGAUCAGGUGACUGCUGAUGUGUCCCAGCUGCUUGGGGAGAAUAAAGUGGAUGCAAUCCUGUGUGUAGCAGGUGGAUGGGCAGGUGGCAGCGCAAAAGCUAAAUCCCUGUAUAAAAACAGUGACCUAAUGUGGAAGCAGAGUGUUUGGACUUCAGUGAUUUCCAGUCACUUAGCCACUAAACAUCUGAAGGAUGGAGGCUUGCUGACACUGGCUGGUGCAAAGGCUUCCUUAGCUGGAACACCAGGGAUGAUUGGUUAUGGCAUGGCCAAAGCAGCGGUUCAUCAGCUCUGUCAGAGUCUUGCUGGAGAGAACAGUGGAUUGCCACCCGGUUCAGCUGCUGUUGCUAUUCUUCCCGUUACCUUGGAUACGCCAGUGAACAGAAAAUCAAUGCCUGACGCAGAUUUUGGUUCCUGGACACCGUUGGACUUUGUUGCUGAAACCUUUUACAACUGGACCAUCGGAGUAAAGAGACCUGCUUCAGGAAGCCUAAUGGAGAUGGUUACCACAGGAGGAAACACGGAGACCUCUCCAGUUAAACAAUUAUAAAACCACUGUGGUUUAGCAUACAGGGCCCUAUCUAGACACUGACACUGUUCAGGUCAAGUCAAGGCCCCUCGUAUGACAAGGUUGUGAAAAGCAACAUCUCUUACAGUUCAUGUGACUCUCAGUUCAGUGUAUUUUUUGUCUAAACAUAAUGGCUAGAUUGUAAUUAUUUACAGUGGCUGUACUUAGAUAUGCAAUUAUUUAGGUCAUUACAAUGAGAUUUAGUUGAUUUGUGUAGGUGUUACACAUACAGGGGACCAGAAAGUCUCUUAUGUCUUGAAUGUGCAAUAUAGCAUACGGUGGAUGGGCCUUAUUCUGUCUUUACAGCGGUGGAUGGAGUGUGUGUAGGUGUAAUACAUCACAGUUAACUACAGUACAUCCCUUCUUUAUUACAAAUGUAUUUUUGUAACUUGAUUCGUGCCAUCAGUUUUUCAUUUGGCAGUGUUUAAGCAUAAUAGUAUAAAACUAUUGUAUGGGUAUUAACAAAACAGAAUUUGUAUGCAAUAAACACAAAAAAAGAAA